AUGCCACGACAUACCCUUCAGCCUCUGCACAAGGCUUUCAAGCCCUCUUCGGGACGAUAUCAUAGGAAUGAUGAGAACAUGUGGGAGACCUUGGACAGAGUACAAGUUCUGGGCGAGAACGAUGGUCACAGAGGUUGUGUCAACGCUUUAUCUUGGUCUGAGGAUGGAAGUACAUUACUGUCUGGAUCAGAUGAUAAAAGAAUCUGUAUAUGGCAGCCUGAUUCCCAUCCUUCAUCCUCUUCAUCAUCACGUAGAUCACCCCACCCAAUGAAGUUGUCAGAGAAGAUAUCAACGGGACACAAAGCGAAUAUAUUUUCAGCUAAAUUCUUACCGAACGCUUCUACACCCACUAUAGUCAGUUGUGCUGGCGAUAGGGAUGUAAGAGUUCUACAAGUCGAAAGAUUGGUAAGGGAUAGUGGGACUGGUGAGCUGAUUGGUGAAAGAGGUGAUGGCGUAAAUAUCCUAAAAUGUCAUAAAGACCGAACGAAAAGAAUAGCAACUGAAAAUUCACCUUACCUAUUCAUGACGGUAUCGGAAGAUGGUACAGUCCGUCAACAUGAUUUACGUCGACCACAUAGAUGUAGAGCAGAAUGUCCUGAACCAUUAUUUUACGCACCCAAAAAUGUCGAUCUAUAUAGUUUGAGUGUUAGUACGGUCACUCCUCAUAUAUUCGCCGUUGCAGGCAGGACAGAUUGUGCAUUCAUAUGUGAUCGAAGAAUGUUACCUCGUCAAACUCCAUCAUGGGGUCCACACGUCAGGUCAUCAGGUCAAGUUCACUGUGUGCGUAAACUGGGUUUACCCAAUGAUGAAUGGGAUAAAGUUUCACCUUCAAAUGGAAAUCGUCUAUUUGGAGAAGAAAGACAUAUCACCUGCGUCAAGAUGAGUCCUGAACAUCCUGAUGAAGUCGCUGUGGCCUUUGCGAAACAUUCCACUUCAUUAUUCUCAAUAUACGAUUCUCCCCCUUCGGCGUCUAUGAAAUCCUCUUCUCCUAGUAUCUUACCUUCAGACAAUGGAACGAAACGAAGAUCCGGUUCAGCUUCCCCUAUAAGACAAAGAUCGAAAUCCUCUUCCACAGUGAUACAAAAAGGCGAUACGACACCUUCCUCACCACUUCCUGGAUCACCAGCGCCAUUCAUUCCUGCGCACGAGGUGCCCCAUCGACCUACUUCCGAAAACAAACACAAGACAGUCAUAGGUGAAGAAGACGACGCAGACGAAGACACCGAUUCAGCUUUGUCGUUGGGAAAGAGGAGACAGUCCGAUAGAGAAAGUCUAUUGACGGAAGCGGCAGAACCUAGCGCAAGGCAAAGAACAACGAGCGAAGUUGAAAAUGGGAUAUCUGGACAAAAUCAGCGUAGUGUUUGGCCAUUUGGAUCCGGAUCCUCCAGCCGAAAUGAUGAAAGUAGAAGGUGGCAAGAAGAAAGAGACGACAAGUCAGAACAGGCUGAUGAGUUGAGUUCCAGUGUCAUAAAUGCGUUUAUGGCUGAAAAUGGGAUAGAGACGGAACAGCCAAGUACCGGUGAUAUUGAGGUAGACGUGGGAGAACGAAUUGGACCUCCUACUCCACCCGGAAGAGGGAUCGGAGAUUUCCUGAUUGAUGAGGAGGAUGAAGAUAUGGCCGAUAGGCUGGAAAGGGGAGAACCGACAUUAUCAGAUAUGGAAGAAAUGGCACUAGACAUAUUGGAGCAAGACGACUAUGAUGAUGAUGAAGAUGAUGAUGAAGAUGAAGACGAUGACGCAUUAGAUGAGUAUGAUGAAGACGAAGAUAUGGAAAUGGAUCAAGACGAUGAAGAUGAAGGCGAUGAUGGUGAUAUUGAAGUUGAUCAGGAUUUCAUGGAUCCUGAUGUUGGUAUUUUAGGAUUUGGAGGCAGUAAUGCAAGCAGAAUCGAAAACUCAGCUUUUGAUAAAGUUGAGACUAUCUAUCCGAGAAGAAGUUAUAAAGGUGCAAGAAAUGUCGAAACUGUCAAAGACUGUAACUUCCUUGGCACAAGAGCAGAUAAAGUAUGCUCAGGAAGUGAUGAUGGCAAUUUUUUCGUUUGGGACAAAGACACAGGUAGAUUGGAAGGUAUUUGGGAAGGUGAUGGUUCUGUGGUCAAUGUGAUGGAACAGCAUCCCACAUUACCUUUGGUAGCUGUUAGUGGGAUUGACAACACUGUCAAAAUGUUCGCACCUACACAUUCAACAAUAUCACCUUCUUUCUCACGAACACACUUGGCUCAAAAUAUAAUGAAUCGAAAUACAAGGUUACCGAGGUUCUUAUCGGGAGGAGCAUUUGAGCGAGCAACUUUAUUACAAUUCUUGACUAGCAGAGGUAUAACUGUACGCACUGAAAUUGAUCCAGAUGGAGGAGAAGGUGAAGGUGAGAGUGAAGAAGAUCCUCAAGGAGUAGAGGGAUGCGCGACUCAAUGA